AUGCCGUACGUCGGAGUGGGAGCACAGAAAGCUUCCACAAGCUUGACAGGAACCCCGAUGGUCAAAGCUUAUAUAGCAAUCGCUGCUUCAUUAGUAGUAGUGAUAUGUAUAACUGCAAUUGGUGUUCAUCACUCGGAACGGAAGUUCAAUAAGUAUAAUAAAGUGUCCAUUGAUGAUAUCCACCAAUCCGAUGCAAGAACUAUCCAAGACAAUAUAAAAUCCGAGAACAUCAAAAAGUACCUUCGUAUCUUUACCAAAGACCCACAUAUUGCGGGAACCGAUGCUAAUAAAAAAGUGGCAUAUGCGAUUGCAAGUGCUUGGUCGGAAGCCGGAUUGGAGGACGUACAUACUUUGCCCUACGAAGUUUUAUUGUCGUAUCCAGAUUUCGAAAACCCGAAUUCAGUUGUAAUCAAGAAAUCGUCAGGGGAUGAAGUUUUUCGGAGCAAGGGAGUUAGUCCAGUGAUCAUUCCUGAUGAGCAGUCAGGAAAAUAUGCCGGCCACCAAUGGCUCGCCUAUGCCGGUAAUGGCUCCGCUUCUGCCGAAGUAGUGUAUGUGAAUAGAGGAAACGCCAACGACUUUAAAAAUUUGAAACUAAUGGGUGUCGAAGUGAAAGGGAAGAUUGCAUUGAUGAGAUAUGGUCACGGAUUCCGAGGAGACAAAGUGUACAAAGCACAACAAGCAGGUGCUAUCGGUGCUAUUUUGUUUUCGGAUACAUCAGAUGUCGCUCAGGAUGGUGUGGAGUCCGAACAUGUAUACCCAAAAACCAUCUGGAUGCCAAAUGAAGCUGUUCAAAGAGGAUCGUUGAUGCAUGGGGAUGGAGAUCCAUUGUCACCACACUAUCCUUCGAAAAAAGAGCUCUUCAAGGGAAGAACUAUUGAUGAGGCCAAAGAAGAAGGUGUUCUUCCCUCCAUUCCCGUUCUUCCCGUUUCCUACACCACUGCUCUUCAAAUCCUCAAGCGAAUGUCGGGACGUCCCGCUCCAUCGGAUUGGCAAGGUUUGGUUGGCGGAAAUCUCACAUAUAAACUCGGUCCUGGCUUCUUGAAUGGCGAGAAAUUGACGAUAAAUGUGCACAGUGAGCUGAAGACCAAACGAAUCCGAAAUGUAAUUGGCUACAUCCGUGGUUCAGAGGAGCCAGAUCGCUAUAUUAUGCUUGGUAACCAUUUCGAUGCAUGGGUGUAUGGCUCAAUUGACCCCAAUUCUGGAACAGCAGUCUUGGCAGAAGUGGCGAGAGCUAUGAUGCAAACUAUCAAUGAGACUAGCUGGAGACCAGCUAGAACUAUUGUGUUCAAUGCAUGGGAUGCUGAGGAAUUCGGACUGAUUGGCUCCACAGAAUUUGUCGAAGAAUUUGUCGAUGUUUUACAGAAACGAGCCGUUGUGUAUAUCAAUAUGGAUUGUAUUCAAGGAAAUGCUAGUUUGCACGUCGACACAGUUCCGAUUCUCGAGCAUAUCGCCAUUGAAGCAGCAAAACAUGUGCCGAAUCCAUCAAAACGAGAAAGAGACCGUGGGAGGAAAACUGUCUACGACACAUGGAUGAAAGUGUUCCCUGACAAGAAAGCGGGAGUUCCAAAAGUUAGAGUGCCCGGAGGAGGGUCUGAUCACGCGCCAUUUUUGAACUUCGCAGGAGUUCCAGUGAUCAAUUUCAAUUAUAAGAAUUAUUCAACGUUUGACACAUAUCCAUUGUAUCAUACUAUGUAUGAGACACCGUUUACCAAUAUUCACUUGAUGGACACGGAAGAUUUGGGAGUACACAGAGCAAUUGGACAGUAUUGGGCAGAAUUGGCAAAAACAUUUGCUGACGAAGUAAUCCUCCCUAUGAACACCACCCAUCUUGCUACUAUCAUGAUCCGCAGCUACCUCCCACAGCUCAAAGCUUCAAUCUCCGGAAUAAAUGUGUCACGUACCGAUUUCGAAGAUAUCCGUACUCAAUAUGCCCUCCUCUCCAAAAGUGCUCAAGAUCUGCUCACCAUGUCAAAAAAAUUCCAAGAGACUAUGCAAUUCACCCAACACAGCUUCUCCCAAAACCCAUAUGACCCGAAACAUGUAAAUGCUGUAAAUGAAAGACUAAUUAGCACUGAAAGAUGUUUCAUCAACCCGCGCGGAGUGUCCAAACACAAUCCUUCUGCUCGACAUGUUCUGUUCUCUGUCAGUGAUUCAGAUUCCUAUUCCAACUCCUUGAUGGCUGGAAUCCAAAACGCGAUCGAUGGGUAUGAGUCCAGUCCAUCCAAGAAAAACUUGCGAGAAAUCAUCAACCAGAUAUCAAUUGUCCAAUACUCGGUUAUUUGCGUGGUCAACACUUUAAGGGAUGUGAUUUGA